UAUUACAGAACAUAACUACUCGUCAGAAAUGGCCAGCGUUUGGUUGACCCUGACAGUUUUUGCACUGCUUCCACAAGCUCUUUUCCAAGCCCUGACUGGGCCUUCAGUUUCCACAAAUACACCACAGACCAGAGGAACCAGGGAUCCCGGGACAACAAUGGAGCCAGAAAGUCCUAUGAAUCCAAAAAUUACAACAGAAACUAAGGAUACUGAACCUCAGAGCACAGCUUCAUCAUCCAUCACCCAGAAUAUCUCUAUCACUCAACAUGAUGAUGACAGUACAGUGGAUCCUGACGAGAUCACUGUGGAUGCUACUAAGGAACCUACCACUGCUUCUCCUGAACCUCAGAGCACAGCCUCAUCAUCCAUUACUCAAAAGACUACCCUUACAGUGGCAAGCACCACCACUGAAUCCCCACAAUCCAGUACAGCAAGAACAGAUAGUGCUACUAAAAGCAACUCUUCUUUUGCUAUGUUUUAUGGCACAGCGACAACUACUCCAUAUACCGAUGAUAUGGAAACAUCAGAUUCCUCUGAGCACGACACAACAGAACCCUCAGAACCCUCUGCUUCUUCUGUGGACUUCUCCACUACGUCCGUGAGCAACUCAACCAACUCCUCUGGCGUGGUUUUAAUCCUCAAAAAGGAUACCACCACGAGAACCAGCUUGACCCCUGUGGCUGGAGAAGGGAGCUCCACCAGGACCACCACCCAAGCCAGCCAAGUCAGGGAGUUCCCGUGCGCGACCACGCUCCCCAGGAAAGGGGGGCUGGUGAGCCAUUGCCUGAUAGCCAUCGCUGUGCUGGCUGCGGUGGCCACCAUCUUUAUCAUCUGCACCAUCGUGUUGUGCACCAAGCUGUCUAGCACCAAGCAGAAGUACAAGAUGAGCGAAUGCCAGGGCACAGAGUUGACGUGCAUCUCUACAUUGCUGCCCGAUGCGGAGCCCUUUCCCAAAAACAAAGCCAAGAGCUCCAAAUCCAACGCCCGCCUGAUCACAAACGUGGAAGAAAGCGAGGGGGAUGACCUCACACUUCACAGCUUUUUACAGCCAUAACAAUAAACCUUUGAAGUACAAUACAAUACAAUACAAUACAAAUGUAUUUUUAUACAGCGCCCUUCACACCCUGGCAUCCCAGAAUCCUGUACAAAACAAGAGAGCUCAUAUGUAAAAUACACUGCUGCAGCUACAACCAAUUAGAUAAGAGCAUGUUCAAAGCAUGUUUUCAACGUAGACUUACGAAAAGUUCACACAGAGCAAGGGGACUUGCUGCCAUUAGUUUGCUGUCAUGCGUGUGUGUCAAUAUUAUGAUAUGCUAUACCAACAAAUCAAUUUCUUCAAAUUUUGGAUGUCUGGAAAAUAAGUGAAGAUGGAGUUAGAGAACAAUUACAAUGUAAUGGAAAAAUAAUAUGAAUGUUAAAUAAGGUACUGUAGAAAUAAGGAACUGUUGUUCUUCACCUUUGAUUAUAUAUGCCAUAUUGUAAUUGCAAAAGAGGAAGGAGAAGUCAAAUUGUCAUUUUCUAAACUUCCCUACAAAGCUGUACAAAGCCUGGCUCUGCCCACAUAAACAACUGAUUGUACUCAUAUAGCCUUACUGUGUCUGAAACAUACAAAGGACUUGUAAACAAUCAGAGAAUCAUCAUUUCUUGAGAGGAUUUUGUUAACAAAAGUGGAUCGAAAACGAUGUCCUGUUGGUACCUUCAUUGUCUAACAGCACAUGAGUGGAAAACAUGAUAAGGAAUGCUGGUCUACAGGCAUAUGAACAAAGCUACAGACUGCUUAGGACAGAUUACCUAAGCUCUAGUGCAACAUUUCAGCCCUUUUUAAUAUAAGAUGGGGUCCAUUGUGAUCAGCACGAUCCAUAUCAUAGACAAAGCAUCAAAAGAAACUAAUAUUUGAGCAUCAAAAGAAACGGAUCGCUUAUAUUUGAGCAUCGAAAGAAACGGAUCACUUAUAUUUGGAUAAAAUGUACUAGAUGUGGUUGAAAAAUGACAAAGUUUUAAAGCAGGUG